AUGCUCACAUGCACACUCCUGAAGAGGUUGGCAUUGCUGUUGAGACUGCACAGGACCUUGAAGCAUCCUUCGCGUAGGCAUCUCCACUCUCGACCGAACUUCGCGAUGCAGAUUGACUUGCUUGCGGGUCCAGAGAAUAUAUCACCUGAUGAUAUUGCUGCUGAAUUUGCAGCUCUCAAAGAGUUGAAAAUGAUUGAAGAAGUUCAUAACGUUAACAAAGUUGAAUUGCUCGAGGGAAAUGCUUUUGAUUUUGACGAGUUGGAUCGGGUCGAACAAGGAAUAAUACCACAGGCCAUUCUAGAUGAGGUUGGGGUGGUUAAUUACAAUGGCGAGGGUGGCGGAUGGGACGAGGCAACAUUGAUGUCAUGA